CCCCGCCCCCCCCCGCCCCCCGGCGACUGCGGAGAAUGAGCGCCCGGGGCCGCCGAGCGCCGCCGGAGCAGAAGCCGCGAGGAUCUCGGGCCGGUCCCGCGCGCGACCAUGUCGGUGGCCUUCGCGUCCGCCCGGCCGCGAGGCAAAGGGGAGGUCACGCAGCAGACCAUCCAGAAGAUGCUGGAUGAGAACCACCAUCUGAUCCAGUGCAUUCUGGACUACCAGAGCAAGGGCAAGACGGCCGAGUGCGCCCAGUACCAGCAGAUCCUGCACCGGAACCUGGUCUACCUGGCCACGAUCGCAGACUCCAACCAGAACAUGCAGUCCCUGCUCCCCGCCCCGCCAACCCAGAACAUGAACCUGGGCCCCGGAGCGCUGUCCCAGAGCGGCUCCAGCCAGAGCCUGCACUCCCAGGGCAGCCUCAGCGAUGCCGUUGGAACGGGCCUGCCUCCGUCCUCCCUCAUGCAGGGCCAGAUUGGCAACGGUCCAAACCACGUGUCCAUGCAGCAGACAGCCCAAAGCACGCUGCCCACCACCUCCAUGAGUAUGUCCGGCAGCGGCCAUGGCUCGGGGCCCGGCUACAGCCACUCAGGACCCACCUCACAGAGUGUGCCCCUGCAGGGCCAGGGUGCCAUCGGCAACUACGUGUCACGGGCCAACAUCAACAUGCAGUCCAACCCAGUGUCCAUGAUGCACCAGCAGGCAGCCUCGUCCCACUACAACUCGGCGCAGGGCGGCAGCCAGCACUACCAGGGCCAGUCGUCCAUCGCCAUGAUGGGCCAGAGCGGACAGGGCAGCACCAUGAUGGGCCAGCGGCCCAUGGCGCCCUACCGGCCCUCCCAGCAAGGGUCGUCCCAGCAGUACCUGGGCCAGGAGGAGUACUACGGUGGCGAGCAGUACGGCCACAGCCAGGCCGCCUCGGAGCCCAUGAGCCAGCAGUACUAUCCCGAUGGGCAUGGCGACUACGCCUACCAGCAGUCGUCCUACACGGAGCAGAGCUACGACCGGUCCUUUGAGGAGUCCACACAGCACUACUACGAGGGCGGAGGUCAUAGGGCAUCUGGAGACUACAGGAGAAUCACCCAGAAGGCUGUGCUGGGGUCAGUUACGAGUGUUCCCCUGCAGCGGCUUCCCACGUCCACACAUUUGGUACCGCUCAGGGACACGGCUCAGACCCAGCCUUCUUUUCCUGGGGAGUUUGGCUCCGAGACCCCGAGACGGCGCGUGCCCGGCGCAGUCACCGGCAAGCCAGGUCUUCCCCCUGACCCCAGCGGCAGCCCACGUCGGCCCCUCCUUUCUCAAAGCUGCUGCAAUGACCUGGCUGCCACCCCUGGCUGAAUUUGGAACCCGAUGGUGGGUAUAGAACCAGAGAACUUAAACAUCCCAACCGCCUCAAAGUAAAAUUAUUCAUGCGGGACUCGAUGUUCCUUAUUAUUUUUAGGAACUGGUUAAGUGUUGGCCCUUCAUGGUGAACAGGUAACGCUUUCCUUGUGCCUUCUCAGUCACCACAACUGCCCUUGGUCUUGCCUUCUGUUAACAACCACCCUAAGGUCCCACCGGGGACCACCUUGGCCCUUCCCCCAUCCACACAGGUGCCCCAAAUGCUCUUCCUCUCCAGUGGAACCUCAGCUGCUUUUCACGUCCGCUGCCCCUGGGGAAGACAGGCCUCAGCGAGUGUUCUCUCUGUGUGCCUCCCUCCACCUCAUCUUGGGCUGCCCCCAAGAUGGGACCCUGGCCCAUGGCAGCUUUGCAGGUGCCUGGCUGUGACGGACGGCCGGGGUCACCGGCGUGAGUACAGGAGGUUCGAGGGACCGCAGGCUGACCAGGUAGAUUGGGUGCGCUCGCGUAUCCGCGCUUCUGGGUCCCAGCCUGCCGGGAGGAGGUGAGCCGCCCGGAGCAUCUCCCUGCAAACACACCCCUGCCAGCCCUGCCCUCUGUCCCCGGAUGCCUGUGCGCCGCCUUCCCCGCCCGCAGGGGGCCUCGGCUUACCACUGCUUUAUUCAGGUGAGGGUCCGAGGCAGAAAUGACUUCCCCAAAGACAAGCCUCGGACGUGCACUUAGCCUUUUGAACUUGGAAGUGCACAUUUUUAUUCCUUUGUUUCUGGGUUCCGUGUUCUUGUCUUCCGUAACUGACGGAAAAUUUGCGGGAACACUUAGCUCUUCGGAGGCAAGCGUGGCAGAUGGCACGGCUUCCUCCUGAAUCUGGAAGCGUUUUGUUCCAUCUCGUUAAUGGGACCUGUGGCUGGGACUCCACGUACUCGUCGAACGAGGUCAGGUCUCCCCACGGUGGGCAGCAUUGCCAGGCCUUGUCGCGAGGCGGCUGGUGUCGUGCUUUGAGAAGACAGUUGUGCCCAAGUGGCCUGUGACCCCGUGGAGGUGGAGGGUUUCGAGUGGAAGCAAUGAGGGGGUGGACCAAAGCCCCAAUAAAAAUGUUUCCUGUAAAGCCGCUGGUCCCACCACGGGAUGAGGAGGUUUGUGGAGCACAGGGGGCUGGUGCUGGGGUCUUCACAGGAGGCGGCAUCUGACAGGGACCUUGUGAGGUCCCACAGAAUGAGAGGCCGCUGUCCUGCAAGGGCCGGCGCCGGGAAGGGGCCAGGUUGCCGUAGGCCAGGCCGGGCGGAGUAAGAGGUCAAGGGGCCGACUGAGCCAGGUAGACACCGCUCGCCAAGAGGGGUCCUGCCAAGCAACCCACGGCAGCUUGGGCGUCCUGCUGUACUUCCUGGCUGCGAGGUUUGCCACAGCAAAGCCUGGAAGGAGCCCGUGUCCCCUGUGCCGUGCCCCAGGCACCGAGUCUGUUAAAAGACACGGAACUCCCUGUGGGCUGCUGUGGCAGAUUCUUCUGGGCUGGGCCAUGUGCUCAGGCCAGGUGUCGAGGAGGAGGGUGUCAGGGGAGCCGCUUCCUGUGUGAGACCGUGGCUGUGGGUGGGGGACGGGGCUGGGGAGCCGGCAGGGCUGGAGGUGGCCUUCGUCCCUGAAACUCUUGAAGGGGGGCCACAUUCGCUUUUACGUUUCCGUCACAUGAACGUAUUUGCCUGUGCAGAAGCUAAAUUUAGAAACGAUAAACGUUACCAGUUGUCACUGAAAAUCAAAGUGGCCUGACCUUUUGGCCAUCCAGACUCAUCCACACCCCGAGCCCCGUGGUCACAGCGCUGUCCUCGGGGUCCCCAGGGUCUUGCCCCAGAGACCGGCGUGCCCCCCGUGAGUAAACGUCCAGACCAGUGGGGACGGCGGCUGCUUCGGGAUAGCCCGUGGUGUCCCCAAGGCACAGCCUUGUUUCUAGAAGUAGUUUUAUCAAACGCAUCAGUGAGUCACUGGGCUGUAGCUCCUGGUGGCGGCUGAGUCUGGUGGCUCCUUUGUGCCCACGUUCCUCAAGCGGGCCCCCUGGCUAUGGGGUUUGGGUCCGCGGAAGGGAAGAUCUUCCAUGGUGCGUGGGAGCAGAGCCGAGGUUCUCCGCGGCACCCCGCUCACAUCUGUUGUGUACCUACUGUGUGCCAGGCCGUCGGCUAGGUGCACGUGACUGAGCUCCUGAAUCGGUUACCAUGAAAAGAGCGAAAGGGUGUGUAAAGCUGAGAAUAUGCAGAGUGACCGACCAUCUGAGGCCCCGGAGAACUGCUCUGCAACUCGGCCGUGGAGGUCUGCUGGCUGCGCACCACACCCGGGGUCCGCACCGCCCCGCCGGGACCGCACCGGCUGGAAGGAAGGAGUCCCUCAGAGCUCGGGACCUCCCAAGGCAGGGAGCAACUGUGGAG